CUUUUAUCCUCUUUACAUCACAACCCCAACCCCAAAGUUUUAUAUAAACACAACCCUCCUACUAAUCUCUCAAAAGACAACAAAAACACCUAAACAAAUGAUGAAACUGAAAUCAAAGAGACUAUACCGAAGCUUUUCAAGGUUGCGCAGCGGCAGUAGUGGUGGUGUGAGUGGCGGCAGCGGUGGCGGCAAUUGUGAUGGUGAGAAGAGGGGCAACACAACGGUGAUGGGAUCAAUGGGUGAAGUCAAAUGGGAACUGAGACCUGGUGGGAUGCUUGUGCAAAUUAGGAAAGAUGUUGCAGGUGGAGAAAGUGUUACAGAAGGGAUUAUUAUUGUCCGGGUGACUACUAUUUCACAAUGGCAUGAUAUUUCUGUUCGAGCGACUUCAACUUUUGGAGAACUGAAGAGCAUAUUAUCAUCAAUGACAGGCUUUGAGACGAAAGAGCAAAGACUAUUGUUUAAAGGGAAAGAACGAGAAGAUGGAGAACACCUGCACAUGGUUGGGGUUCAAGACAAAGACAAGGUACUGUUGUUACAAGAUCCAGCCAUCAAAGAGAAGAAACGUCUUGGGUUAGACAAACCACCUCUAUAUCGUACAAUCACUGUAUAAACAUUUACAUAAAAGCUAAUAGUUCUCUACAUACUUGUUUAUGUAGAGAUAUCGUCCUAGAUUUUACUAACCACAUCACCCUC